GGAAGAACUACGUAGGUGGAGUAGGGUUGUCCCAAAAACUGUCGACAGCAUUUGACUUCAAUCUAAUAUUUCUUUCGAUAAUUUAUCUCCUAAAGAAAAGGAAAACUGAAACUACCAUUUAACCCAACAUUUUUUUUUUUGAAAAGGAAAACUAUUAUAUUGAUACAUAUUAGUAACAUUUCAUAAAGUUUGGUAGUAAGCAAGCGUAUGUACUUCUUUUACCUUAUAUCUGUGUACUUUAACAAUAACACAUCUUCUAAAACGAUGAAUUGGAAUUGCUUUAAACUGCAAAAUUGUCCCAUUUGAAGAACUUAUUUUCCAAGCCGCCUUACAGGUUGACUCCUUUAUAGGACCCCAUCAACUGAUUGUGAAUGACUUUCCUCAUCGACAGAUGUAGGCAAACUAUCAGUCAUAUUCUGUCCUCGAUUUCUCUUUUCGAAGAAUUUAGUAUUCUGUUUAUUUCAGAUUGCUAUAAAUUAGAAGACAAAAAUUUAAAACAAGAAACACCAUCAUGCCUCUUUCCGGUAUGAAGUUCUGGUUAUUGAACGAAAAGAUGGUUACCCUUACGUUGGAGUCCCGUUUAAAAAACUCUCCAUUCCAUAAAAUCAUUUAAAAUAUUAUAUUCCGUAUAUUUUAUAUCUUUUCCUUCCAAAAUAAUACUUUUGCCCUUAAUUAAUUAUUUUGUACAUGUUAGACACCAUGAGUUUUCACUAUAUUUUUUCACUGACUCUAUUACUACUGAUUUUCAAAAUAUAUUGAAUAACAAUUAAUUUCCGGCAAUGAAUUAUAUUUAUUUUACUAAUUUUUUUAUUUAUACCCUAGAAAAAAAGAGAUUAUAACAUUUAUUAUAUUAAAUUAGUACAUUUAUGUUUGAAGGGUACGUCAAUCUAUUUUAGAGUUUCAUGUUAGCUAUUGGACUCAUAUAUAUAUAUAUAUAUAUAUAUAUAUAUAUGUAUGUAUAUUAUCCUAUUAAAAUGAAAGUCCGAAAGAGAAAAAGUGAUGAGGUGUCACGUUCUCAUAAAACAUAUUACCUCCAAAACAAAACUACUUUAUUUUGGUUGAAAAUUAAUUUAUAUUUUAUUAUUAACAUAACUACUAAAAAGCAGAUGAAAGAAAAAUAUUACAAUGUAAUUAAGAGUUUUAUUGACUAAAACAUGUCAAGCCAAUACUACGUUGUUUUGAUAUAAAGAAAAACAAAUUAGCUUUUUCUUAAAAGAAUUGCCUGAGAGAAAAAUUUUAGUAAUUUAUGUAUGCUCCCAUAUGACCUUUUUUUCCACUUAAAAAAACCGCCAUCUCAUGGUUUAUAUUGAAAAAAUAAAAAUAUUGAAACGCUACAGAUAAAUUUAUAAAGAGUCUCAAAAUUAAACAUUUCCACUAUAUUCAAAUUCAGUGGCUCUAAGUCAGUCUUAUUCAAAAGACUGCAAGGGCGAGAAUAAAAUUUGAAUCAAAAUAUAUUUAAAUUUUGUACGUCUAAGGGUCGACUUAAUACUGAAUUUUAACAUAUUUCGUGUAACGCAUGGAGAAAAUUCUAGUUUUUCUUAAUGAGUGUGACCAAAGUAAAUUAGGGCAUACAUAUUACAAUGCAUAGGAUAGAGAGAGAGAGAUAUUUCUUCAAGUAAAAUAAAAAAAAUAAAAAAAAUAAAAAAAUAAAAAAUAAAAAUUCUUCAAGUACCAAAAAAACCUCCUAUAUGUAUUUUAAGGAAAUAUUAAGUUUAAUUUUUAGAUUCCCCCUCAGCAAUUUAAUUCAUUGGUACAUCAUACUCAUUCAAAAUUCAAACAUAAAAGGUAGCUCAUUUUCAAAAGUGAAUCAAUUUUCUAGUGGAAAGAAAGUGAUGCUCUUUCCUUAAUUUAUUUUCCCGCUAGUAGCAAAUAACAUAGUAUUAUUUUGCUUCACUAUAAUGCAGCUCUAGACCUACUUAAAAAUGUCAAAGUGGAUGCAAUCAUAGGCCCAGUUUCAUCAAUGCAAGCCCACUUCAUAAUUGAUCUUGGAGCUAAAGCCCGAGUACCCAUUAUUUCAUUUUCAGCAACAAGUCCUUCUUUGUCAUCAAUCCGAAGCCCAUACUUCAUUCGUAGUACUGUGAAUGACUCAUCUCAAGUUCAAGUAUUAAGUUCAAUAGUUAGUACAUUUGGCUGGAGGGAAGUUGUGCUUAUCUAUGUUGACAAUGAAUUUGGUGAAGGCAUUAUACCUUUCUUAAUGGAUGCAUUGGAUGCGCUCAACAUCCGUGUACCUUAUCGAAGUGUCAUUCGCCCUAUGGCUAGGGAAGAUGAAAUUAGUGCUGAACUUUACAAACUAAUGACAAUGCAGACAAGAGUUUUCAUUGUUCAUAUGCUGCCUGAUCUUGCCUCAAAGCUAUUCAUUAAAGCAAAACACCUUGGCAUGAUGAGUGAUGAAUAUGCUUGGAUCGCGACGGAUGCUAUAAUGAACGCGCUUAACACUAUUGAUCAUGAUGUGCUUGAUUUAAUGCAAGGAGUAAUUGGCGUAAGACCUUACAUCCCAAAGAGUCAAGAGCUUACAAGUUUCAUGAAUCGUUGGAAGAAGAAUUACCGACAAAACAAUCCAUCUGCUCUUAACGCACAAUUAUCAUUGUUUGGUUUGUGGGCAUAUGAUUCCGCUACAGCAUUAGCAAUAGCAGUGGAGAAAUCAGGGAAUUUUUCGACCAAUGGGUUUUGGGAUCAAGAUUUUUUGAGGAAUUCGAGUUCAACAGACCUCGAAAGCUUGGGAAUAUCCAAAAAUGGUGCGAUGCUUUUGAAAGCAUUAUUAGAAACUUCCUUUACAGGCAUAACUGGAUACUUCAAACUUGAUGGCGGACAACUGCAAUCUCCAGCAUAUCAAAUAGUGAAUGUCAUUGCUAAUGGUGCAAAAGAAGUUGCAUUCUGGACUUCAGAGAAGGGGAUUGAGAAAGAUCUUAAUUCAACUGCUAAUAAAAUAAGCAAUACUGAUAAGGCCAUAUCAAAAUCAGACUUGACCAUUAUAUGGCCAGGAGACAAAGCAAGUCCACCCAAGGGUUGGGUGAUUCCAACAAGUGGGAAGAAGUUGAGGGUUGGUGUACCAGUGAAAGAUGGUUUUUUUGAAUUUGUAAAUGUUGAAAGGAAUUCAGAUAAUAGCUCAACGGUUACAGGAUACAGUAUUGAUAUUUUCAAAGCAGUAAUGUCUUCCUUACCCUAUGCCGUUCCAUAUGAGUUCAUUCCAUGGGAAAAUUCGGAUGGCAAAAUUGUUGGAAACUACAAUGAAUUAAUAUACCAAGUCUAUUUGGGGGUUUUUGAUGCUAUUGCAGGAGACACAACCAUCGUGGCAAAUAGGUCCCAAUAUGUGGACUUCACUAUGCCAUACACUGAAUCUGGAGUAUCGAUGAUUGUUCCAAUCCGUCAGAACCAACAGAAAAAUGCCUGGGUAUUUUUGAAGCCACUAACAUGGGAUCUUUGGCUGACAACCUUCUUUUUCUUCGUAAUUAUUGGAUUUCUUAUAUGGCUUCUUGAACAUAGAAUUAAUGAUGAAUUCCGAGGGCCUCCCUUACAUCAAAUUGGCAUGGUCUUCUGGUUUUCUUUUUCUACCAUGGUUUUCGCACAAAAGGAAAAGGUAGUAAGCAAUUCAGCUAGGUUCGUGCUGAUUAUUUGGUUCUGGGUUGUGGUUAUACUCAUACAAAGCUAUACAGCUAGUCUUACAUCAAUGUUGACGGUACAACAACUCCAACCAACAGUCACUAAUGUAAAUGAACUUCUGAAGAACAAGGCAUAUGUAGGUUACCAAAAAGGUUCAUUUGUUACUGCAAUGUUGGUUAGGAUGGGUUUUGAGAAGUUCCGUCUUGUAGAGUACAACUCUGUGGAUGAAUUACACAAGCUUUUCACAAUUGAGAGCGGAAAUGGUGGCAUUGCAGCUGCUUUUGAUGAGAUCCCCUAUAUGAAGCUUUUCCUUGCAACAUAUUGCAACCAGUAUACAACUGUUCAGCCAACAUAUAAGACAGAUGGCUUCGCAUUCGUAUUUCCAAUUGGUUCACCCUUGGUAGGUGAUGUUUCUAGGGCGAUACUAACUGUUACCGAGGGUGAUCAAAUGACUCAAAUUGAGAAAGCAUGGAUACUUGAAAAAUCUACUUGCCAAGACUCAAGCGAAUCACUUGCUUCUAGCAGUCUUGACCUAGGGAGCUUUUGGGGGUUAUUCCUAAUUGUUGGAAUUGCAGUCGCUUUGGCAUUUGUAAUUCAUGUAGCAAUGUUCUUACUCGAACAUUGGCGGCUAGUAACUGAUACUGGUCAUUCUACGUGGGAAAAGAUCGUAAUGCUUGCAAGACGCUUCGACGACAAAGAUUUAAGCAGUCAUACAUUUAGGAAAUCUGAGAUUCGAGGUGGAGGCACCAUCAAUGGGGAUGAGACCAAUGAAAUUCCACCACGUAGCCCAAGUUAUCCACAAAGUCCAUCAGAAUUUCCACUGCAAGGAUCUCCGUUUUCCCAAAUCCCACGAAGUCCAACCUUAUCAAGUCACACACAACGUGAUUUCUCAGGAGAACAAGAAUAUCAUCCAAAUGAUAAUGUGACAUCUAUGAACCAAGAAGGAGAUUUAUCUUCCGAGAUAGUGCCAGCAAUUGAGCUUAUUAGUCCUAAUAGUGACCAACAAAUGACUUGAUUUGUUUGUUGAAUUAGAUUACAUGACAAUGUUAAUUAUUUCGUGUUUCUAUAUUUUGUGGUUUAUGUGAUAGAAAAAUAUGGUCUCAUUAGUCAGAAAAUUUGCUUCAUCAAUCAUGUCCUUUUUUAUUUAGUUGACAGAGACAGGUUUUGUCAUGUUAAUUUUUUUCUUUUAUAUAUUGUCUUUUGAAACAAGCAUGAGCGUUAAGAAGCAGUUCUAAUUACUAAGCAUGAUUAUUCAC